GCAGUAGUGUCCGGUGUUGGUGGAGCGGCUGAUACAUUGUUGCAUUAAAUAGCGAGAAAGAAAAUAGUGUUCCGACUGCUUACAGCAGGACGCAUCUUGUGGCAAAAUGACCACCCUUGAUGAUAAAUUGCUAGGAGAAAAAAGUCAAUAUUACUACAGCAGUAGUAGUGACGAUGAAGACAGUGAUCAGGAUCGAAAAACGCAACAAAGUUCUAAAGAACCCAAUGGUGGCAAGGAGGGAAGUGUUGUCAAUACAGGUCCUAAAGGGGUUAUUAAUGAUUGGCGUCGUUACAAACAGCUGGAGAAUGAGCAAAGUGAAGAGCAACGCAGAGAAAUGGAACAACUUAUCAAAAGGCUGUCUAUGACUUGUAAGUCCCACCUGGAUGAAGAGAGGGAGAAAGAAAACCAGAAGUGUCUGGAUGAAAAAAUACAUGGAAAGGUGACAACACAAGAAUACAACAUGAUGAAUGAAGAUGAAGAUUUCUUACAACAAUACAGAAAACAAAGAAUAGAGGAGAUGAAGAAACAGCUGUGCCACUCACAAUUAUUUAAACAGGUUUUUGACCUUCACAGUGGAGAGGCAUUUCUGAACGCAGUAGACAAGGAACAUAAGAAUACUAUUGUGAUGAUUCUCAUUUAUGAGGAUGAUAUUCCUGGCUCUGAGGCGAUAAAUGGUUGUAUAAUUUGCCUUGCAUCGGAGUAUCCUGGAGUCAAAUUUUGCAGAGUAAAAAGUUCCCUUCUUGGAACCAGCACUAAAUUUACCAAGAAUGCUCUUCCCGCCUUGCUUGUGUAUAAAUCUGGAGAAUUAAUUGGUAAUUUUGUACGCAUAACGAACCAACUAGGGGAAGAUUUUUUUGCUGUUGACCUAGAAGCAUUUUUGCAUGAAUGUGGGUUGCUGCCAGAAAAGGAUCUCAUGCCUACUUCAAUUUGUAAUCCCUCUGUUCAAUGCUUUAAUGAUGACAGUGACUUAGAAAUAGAUUGAAAAUAAUGGGAGUUGUAGUUAUACAUGGCAAUGAAAAGGAAAAUGUAGAAAGAAACUUUUUUAUUUACUUGUGAGUUAAUAUUUAAGAAUGCGUAGUGUGGAUUAAAUUUUCCAAGGUAUGUUAAACAUGUUUAUUAUACUAGUUAGUUUUUAUAACAAUAAAAAAAACAGAUACUGCUUAUGAAA